AUGCUGCCAUUUAAGAGACCGUUCAAUGGCAGAGAUCUGCGACUGCUUGAAAACAUCAUCCGCCCUAGUGUGCGCCAGAGGCCUCAAUCCCAAUCCCUACCUCUCGCGGCCCCCCCCAACCCACCGUGGCAGUCUCGAGGAGGGCAGCGCAGAGGCGCAAAGACAACGACGAGGAAGAGAUUGAAAGAACUACAGCAGGGAGCCAUAGAGGCCGGAUCCCUUCCAGAACUCGAUGGCGAUGACGAGCCUCAAUAUCCCACCGUGCUCCAAGGAGCCAGACAGAACAUGGCAAAAUUUGACAACUGCGUCUUGCUCACCAGAGUUGGCAACUUCUACGAGCUAUAUUUCGAGCAGGCCGAAGAAUACGGGCCCCUCCUCAGUCUCAAAGUGGGUUACAAACAGACAAAGCUGGGUCCGGUCCCGAUGGCAGGGUUCCCAUUCUUCCAACUGGACCGCUUCCUGAAGACUUUGGUGCAAGAUCUCAAUAGAUAUGUUGCCAUAUGCGACGAAUUCCUCAUCAAUGUCUCUGGCAAGGUCAAAUCUGGGGGCCUGAAGCAUGAUCGCCGGGUCACACGAGUGGUUACUCCCGGCACGUUGAUCGAUGAGAAGUUCUUAGACCCAUACGAAAAUAACUUUUUGCUGUCGUUGCACCCGGACCUCUCGCUGGCUGACAACAGCCCCGACGGCUUGAAGCCAGAGCAGACUAUCGGGCUCGCCUGGUUGGACCUGUCUACCGGUGAUUUCCUCACCCAAAAUAUCAAGCGCAGCUCAUUGCCUUCCGCCAUUACGCGGAUUGCUCCUCGAGAGAUAAUCCUUCCUGCUGAUAUCCCGAGCGAUAUCAAGGAUGAAGUACAGGAAAUCGUAGGCCACGACCACCGACUUCUUACACUCCAUGAAGAAAAGAGUGAGUUCGUGUCGAUGUCCAAAUGGAACAGCAUGCUGGAAUCCCCUGUCGGCCAAGACUGGGACGAGAUCUUUAGCAUUGGGGAAAAACAAGCAGGCCAUCGCCUCCUAGACUAUGUUGGACAUCGAUUACAGGGGCUGGAGCUUCGGUUGCAACCACCCCGUCAAAGGCAGCUUCAUCAGAUCUUAAGCAUUGAUCGGAGUAGCCUGCGAGGACUCGAGAUCUUGGAGACUGCGAGAGAUGGGCUAGGGAGAGGCAGCUUGUUUCACGCAGUCAAGCGGACGGUGACUAAAAGUGGUUCCCGACUGCUGCGGGAUCGUCUUACGUCCCCUUCGGCCUCUUUAGACGAGAUCAACGAUCGUCUUGAGCUUGCCUCCACGUUUCUUGGAUCCGAUGAGCUCACGGAUUCACUGAUAUUCCGUCUACGGAGAACAUACGAUGUUCAACGCAUAGUCCAAAAGUUUGCUCUCAACAAGGGCGAUGCCGACGAUAUGCUGUCAUUGGCUAGCGCCAUCUCCGAGACGAUUGCCACUCGUGAUCUCCUACAGUCUGCCCUGACCUCAUCGGGUGGCAUUCUAGACCAUGAUCUUGAAUUUGGACUGAACGUAAAACAUCCACUCGAGAGGCUUUUACAACGGUUCGAUCUAGACGGCCCCAGUCACCUUCAGGCUCGCAUAGCCUCUGCCAUUGAUGAAGAAGGGCUCUUGCAGAAACAUCGCCUCGAGGAGGACGAAGCAGCAAGCAUGGCUGCGCUCGCACAUGACGUGGUUCUUCACAGCGCUCCAGAGGAAUUGCAGUCACUCCCCAAGGCCGUACGUUCGAGCAAUAAAGCUGAUGAGCAGAAGAAAGAUGAGAUCGAACUGGCGGAACCAUGGAUCAUGCGCCGUGAUGCCAGUGACACAUUGCUACGACUCCAUCAAGACCUUAGCAAUCUGGAGUCUGAGAAGGUGGCACUGGCGGAGACCUUGAGAAGUGAGCUGAAGGCCCCUACACUGAUGCUUAAGUCGACGCCCGGUCUUGGAUAUAUAUGUCACAUCCGAAGCGCGACCGGAUACAACAGAGACAAGCUCGAAUCACUCCAUGCAAAAAUGGUGUCUUCCUCCAAAAGCACCCGAUCCUUUUACCUGAGUGACUGGACACGGCUAGGACGGAGAAUCGACCAGGCGGUGCUAAACAUCAGAGACGAAGAGAAGAAAAUCUUUGCGUCGUUGAAGCAACUAGUCAUUCGGAAUCUAGUGAAGCUGCGCCGGAAUGCAUCAAUCAUGGAUGAGCUUGAUGUUGCCAGUGCAUUUGCUAUAUUAGCAAAGGAACAAUCGUGGGUUCGUCCUAUCCUGAAUGACGGCACGGACCACAAAAUCAUAGGUGGCCGACAUCCUACGGUCAAGCUUGGGUUGGAAGAACAAGGUCGUUCUUUUGUCAGCAACAACCUGGUCCUCGACCAGAACGAACGAGUGUGGCUGGUAACUGGGCCCAACAUGGGCGGGAAAAGUACAUUUCUCCGACAAAACGCAUUGAUCACAAUCCUGGCACAGACCGGCUCUUAUGUGCCGGCUACCUAUGCUGAGAUCGGCCUCGUGGAUCAAAUCUUCAGUCGUAUCGGCGCUGCUGACGAUUUGUUUCGCGACCAAUCCACGUUCAUGGUGGAGAUGCUCGAAACUGCCGCGAUUUUAAAGCAGGCAACCCCGAGGUCAUUCGUGAUCAUGGACGAGGUAGGACGAGGCACAACUCCCGAGGACGGGACGGCCGUGGGGUACGCAAGUCUUCACCACCUUUACUACACGAACAGAUGCCGGACACUGUUUGCGACACAUUUCCAUGCCUUAGCUGACAUGACUCGGGACUGGUCCCGGCUGGCGUGCUACUGCACAGACGUUCUGGAAGCAGAAAAUGGCUCCUUUGCCUUUGUCCACCGCUUGAAGAAGGGUAUCAACAGACAAUCGCACGCCUUAAAAGUGGCAAAACUUGCGGGCUUGCCUCCUACAGCACUGAAAGUGGCAGCACGCGUACUCCAACAGAUUGAGGAAGAGAAGAACAAUUCAUUAGCUGGGGCCGCUUCAGGACUCGGCCGCCCUUCAGUGUCUGUAACAGCAUGA